UUUUGUAUCUUGGAAUCCCUGGGUUAGGAGAGGAAGGAGGAGGAGGAGGAGGAGCGGCGGAGAGAAUGAGCUAUUCCUGUACCAGCAGAGGCAGCAGCCAGGAGCCGUCAGGCGUUAAGCAGCCCGACAGCGGCACAGAGAGCCCCGGGAACGGCAGCCCCACGCAGACGGCGGCGAUGAAAGUCAAGAAGGGCUGCAACUCAGCGGAGGUGGGGGUCCCGAUGACCACGGAGGAGGACCUGCUCGGGGGCACGGCGAUCACGCCAGAGGAUGUUCUGGGCUUGCAGAAGAUCACGGAGAAUUAUCUGUGCGGUCCGGACCAGAACAUUUACAACAUAGACUUCACCAGAUUCAAGAUCAGAGACAUGGAGACGGGGAUAGUCCUGUUUGAAAUCACCAAACCACCGUCCACAGACAAAGCAGGAGAAAAGAGGGACAUCGACCCAAACGCUGGCCGCUUUGUCCGCUACCAGUUCACCCCCGCUUUCCUUCGACUGCGACAAGUUGGAGCCACUGUUGAGUUCACCGUUGGAGACAAGCCGAUAGAAAACUUCAGGAUGAUUGAGAGACACUAUUUCAGAGAGAAACUGCUGAAGAGUUUCGACUUUGAGUUUGGUUUCUGUAUGCCCAGCAGCAAGAACACCUGUGAGCACAUAUACGAAUUCCCUCCUCUGUCAGAGGACAUCAUCAGAGAGAUGAUCCAACACCCUUACGAGACACAGUCUGACAGCUUUUACUUCGUGGACAAUAAGCUGGUGAUGCACAACAAGGCAGACUACUCGUACAACGGGGGGACGUAGAGACGGGCGGUUUGUGAGCCAAGGAGCGGGCCGAUCAGAGCAGAGCGGUGAAGAGAACGCCCGCCCCCCCCCCCCGGCAGCCUGUCUCCCUUUAUUUUCCUCUCUCUCUCUCUAUUCCUCUAUCUCUGAAGAGGCCGCAUCCAGGAGCAGAUAAGUGAGUCCUAAUCUGCGAGCGUGUCCGUGUGUGUAGGCGGGUAGAUAUUUGUCCAAACUUACAAAUAGCGACACGCACCCAAACAUACACACACACACACAUACACCACACACAACGGUGGAAUCGCUGUCCAUGUUUCUAUAUAAACGGGACAAACCAGCAGGCGAGCAACUUUUUUAGAAUGAAUGAGACGGUUUUCACUCACUCGUCACAUCAUGUCGAAAAAGAAGACAACAACACAUCAGAUGCUGAUAUAAACUAUUUUUUCCAUUCCUGUAGAGAUUAGGAAACAGAUCUUUUAUCAAAAUAAUGUGUGUUUUUAGGCCUUCGGUGACAGUUUGAGGGACAGCGUUCUCUGGUUUUGAUGUGUUGAUUUGUGUUUCUUGUCUUUUUGUACCACUGUGUGCGUGGAUGCGUCUGUGUGUGCGUGCAAGCAGUUGAAAGCAUGAUUACUGGUAUGGUAAUGGAAAAAAAAAUAUGUCAGUGAUGUUUCAAUUUAGAUAGCGAACUUCAAGUAGCUUUUUAAGCCUUUUUAGCACAUUUCCUACACAGUAGUUCUCAAAUGUUCAGACUUUAUUUUUUCUUACUUCCUGGUUUGUUUGUCAAGUUGUGUAACCUGUAUUAACGAUAGAGCCUGUGUGUAAUUGCUCAAAAGCACAACAUCUUAACAGCAAUGAGGAAACUGAAAAGUGAUGAGCUGUUCUGAAAUGACCAUAAACGUACUCUUUCAUUUGUGCUCGGGCUGUAUGUUUUCCAGCCUCAUGGCUCCUUUGUUAAAGCGGUGCAGAAUUUCUCAGAAACACAGUCAAGUUGCACAUUUUGUGUCCAAGGGAAAGAUUCUGCUGGGGAAAGAGGAGGACAAGAAGAACAGGGAAAGUUUUAUGUGUAAACAUUUCCCCGAAUCAGAAUUACAUUUCAGGAGAGAAGAAGGUCGGGGAAUGUAGCAAAACAAACAAACAAAAAAAGGUUCCUAAAUCCCCAGAGGUAUUGUACUUUGUAUUCAAUCUAUUGUGUAUGUUUCAGUGGUUGUUCUUGUCAUGUCAGAAUCGCAAUGUUGUCUGUCUACCACCUGAUUUCUGCCACUCAUAUUUCUGUGUUUUCACUUGGACACAUUCCAGAGAGAGUUGGUCACCUGUUGUCUGAAGGAGUUUCUUAACAAAUCUGUCCUGGAUGCCUCCACUGAAAUAUGCACACUUGGCUGGAACACAGUCUGACUCAAGAGUAUCUUUCUUAUUUCUUUUCGGUCAUAUAUUCAAAUACAUUGAUGGUGAUGAUGUCUGAAUUGUUUGUUUGUUUGUUUGAUUUUGUUUGUGUUUUUGAUUACAUUAUAUUCCAUUUACGCUAUUUAAAUGUGAAUCAUCAUCCAGUGCUUGUUGAGCCAGGUCUAUGAAAAGUAGCUUAUGGAAAAGAAGUAACUUGAAUCCCUAUGCUGUGAGUUCAGAUCAUGGAAAACAGUGAUUUAGAUUGGUAUUUGUCUUUAAGUGAUCUAGAUUUUCAUGAAUUUGUGGCCUACGUAAGUUGCAGAGGAGGAAAAAUCGAAUGUGGCAAAGGUUGCAAAGUGACCAGGAAGGAACUCGGAUCAAACUUAAUCAGAGAUUACACUGACUGACUUGAAUGUUUUGUCAGAAAAUGUAACGCAUAUGGAUGAGUUGUACAAAUGACUGAAUGGUACAAAUAAUUUUGAACUCAUGUAAAGUUUUGAAAUGUUUGUGUGACUGAACAAAAAUGGAAAUAAAGAUUUAUUGGACUUUUU